CUGCGACACUGGAUCUUCCUCAGAACAUUUCAGCCGAAUAUUCCAAUUCAUGACGGUAUGUACAUGGCCUUGACGAAACCUUACUAACAGUUACUACACGCCUGCCGAACGAUAUCGUGAGCGUCACGGUGCCGCUGCCGGAGCGACUGCUCAUCGUAAUCUCUCCCAAGUCUCCAGCUUGCAAUCAUGUUCACAACAUCCUACCUCCUCCUCGUCACCCACCACCAUAGACACAGCUGUCGUUGAAGAUGUCGCGCUAUACUCUAGUCUUGAAUGUCUUGACUCGGCCUACCGGACGUCUUGCCCUUCGCGCUGAAGCGCGGUUCUUCUCGACCACGCAGCCCCGCGCGACACUAGCAGGUACCGUUCCGUACCACGACAGCUACAUCUUCCUCCACACACACCAGCCGCCGUCCCAAUACCCUCCCAAGUCUAAGUCAGCGCUCUGGAGGAGGCUCACCCUUGAGGCGCGCGGUUGGGGCGGCCUCGUUAACUUCUCCUGGUCGCCGGACCAGCCCGUGCAUCCGCGGUACGCUGGGCUCGGCGAAGACAGUACAGAGGAGCUCUACUACGCCACGGCGUUCGCCGUCGACCGUGCACCGCUGUACAUCCCGGAGGUAUCCCUCGCGAACCUGGACGACGUCGCUGGUCAACUGAGCGAGCACGCACGGACCUCCCAGCUCGCACCGGAGACGGAGGAGGGCCAGAUGGACGAGGCAUCUGAGGCUGCGGCGAAGCUGCACCUGUACGUAUGCACCCACGGCCCCAGGGAUUGCAGGUGCGGCGACACUGGCGGCGACGUUGCGAAGGCUUUACGCGAGGAGAUCUCGAAUCGGGAGUUGUGGGAUCGCGUCUCGCUCGGGGAGGUCGCCCAUGUGGGCGGACACAAGUAUGCUGCAAAUGUGCUCGCCUUUCCAUUCGGAGACUGGUUCGGUACGGUACAGCCGGAAGACGUUCCGCAUAUCCUCAGUGAAUUGCUUGCGCGGCAAACGGAGCUUUCGGCUAGUCAGUCCUCCGGUUCGCCUAGAGCACCAGCAUUGCCGCUGUGCCCGCUCUUCUGGCGCGGUCGGAUGGGACUGGACAAGGAGGACCAACUCGAGCUUGCUGCCUGUAGUUAGGGCGGAGGCGGCAGCUAUCGUUAUAUCGUGGGGCAGCGCAAUUGUACAUUCGAACGCGAUGCGAAGUCUCGGAAAGACGGUCAGUAUGCGAGCUUGGGCCUGUGAUGCCGUUCAUCUGGAUACAGUGAUGUUGUUCCUGCUGAUACACGUUUGUGGAGGAGAACUUACAGAGUCCUCUUGCUAUGGUGGUCACUGUGUUGGCGCACCUGCGACAAGCUGAAAGGCGGCGACGGCUCAAAUACGUAUGUAUGGCUCGCCAUAAAAACGUCUAAAUCCGCUUUAAAGCGAUUCAACGGACACCCGACUCUCACCUACAUAGACGGGUCUUCAAACGUUCACUGUUCACUGACUGGCUAUUAUAUGCGCCCACGUGACCGUGUGCAGUCGCGUUGGUGGCUGAGUGGACUUGGGGGG